CCACCGCGCGAAACACUUUUUUCCUGCUACUGCUCUGAAGUAUAAAACACUUUCCUAGAACCCACCAUCAGCAGCAGCAGCAGCAAACAAUAAUAAAAUUGUACGGUUUUUUGUCGGAGCCGCGAAUUUUCGGGUUUUCGCAAAGUGUCGCCGUUUGAUGGGUUGUGUAGUUUUUGCUCGUUUGCGGGUGGAUUAGCUUUGCUGGCUCUAAACAAACUAAAAUGUCGACCGCGAAGCGAAGAUAACGCGUGACCUUAAUUUUUCUUCUGUGCGAAAAAGGAAGCAAAUUUUUCUGCUUUACAUGGUUUGUGGGGACUUUUCGCGACGCCUCCUGUCAAACGAGAGUUGAUUCGUUCUUUUUUCGCGGAAGAAAAUUGCGAGGAAAGCGAUAGACAACAGGAUCAGGAACAGGUCCAGUGCUGAAUAGUUUAUGCCCUCCGGGAGGGUGUUGAGGUGGUACGGAAAGAGGUUAGAAUGUUGGAGGACGGAAAAUAGUUCUCGGAAAAACGCCAGGAAGAGGUUGCGUUUCCCUGUGUUUGCGUAUAGCUGUUGCUGUUUUACCGACGCUGCCGUCGUUGCGUGUGCCAUCAUCAUCGUCAUUAUCAUCAUCGUUCGAAGGAAGGAAUCAUUGCAUUUGGCUGGUGCGGUGAUUGACUAGUAGGUAGCUGACUGACUUGAAUGGCUGGCGGCAACAACACACGAAAAAGACGGUGAAAUGCGAGAAGGAAGUUAUUUAUAGAACGCAUCUCCGCCAGCCGAGCGCUUCUAAAACUCCAAAGGAACCAGCUCUGAGCAGAAGAAACGCACCGCAGCACCGCGCUGCCAGCCGGCUCUAAUCAUCAUCGUCGUCGACGUCGCCUUCCGUCACCGUCACCGUCCUCGUCGUCAUUUGUGGCGGAUUACGGACGACGGACGUUUUAUCACCUUCCGUUUGGCUACUGGAAACCCGAAAACACAUCGCGGGGCCAAUCAUUACACACAAAGCAAGCACAAAGGAAGCCGACUUGUCGCCGCAAAAUAGUAGAAAAAAGCGAGAAAAAAAAAACAACAUACAAAUACCUGCGACGACGUCGACGUCAUGUUAAUAUCGACACCACAGCCUGCUUGUGCUUGAUGAUACUAUUACAACAGGAGGCGGCAAAAUAAUCGAGCAGCAAACCAAAACAGGGUGUGGACGAAAAGUAUUGCGACAACGCGAGACCCCAAGGACAAGUCGGGGAAACGUUUGAGGGCAUGGAUUACAACAAACUAGAUAAAAAGUAGCAGUUUUCAAGCGUGUACCACGACGGUGAAAUAACAUCAUUUGAUCACCAACCAAAACCAAAUAGAAGUGGUAGUUGGUCGUUAGUGGGGGUGGGUGGAUUUGAAUGGAUGUCGUCGGUCGGUCGAUGGUCGGAGUAUGGGGGGAUGAGUGAUAUUACAUACGAUUUCGUUCCGGAAUAAAGUGCAAUAUUGUAACCAAGUUCUAGUCGCUCUCUGUAGUGUGUAUUCGCGUCUUCGUCUUCUAGCAAGUGCAAGCAAGCAGUUGUCGUCAAGUUUCGUGUGACGAGUCUCUGCUUAGUACAUCUCACUAAACUAGCACUAGCUAGCGAUCUGUAUACGCAACAAAAAGUAAAAAAAAAAACGACACGAGCGAGAAAGAGAGAGGGAGAGUCAAACACAGCACAGCACAACACAGGAUAUACACAAAUGUUUAUUUAGUUUUAAGAGAAGCAAGAGCAAGUUUUAGUGCAACUCAAAGGAGGCGCUGCAAAAGCGAGUCUCCUCACUUUCGUCGGGGAAAACAGAAGAAAAUACGGCCGCGUUGAGUCUUUUUCAUUCGUUCGUCGUGGAUGUGAUGUGCAUUGUUGUAUUUUAUAUGCUGCUGCCGAUGCUCUUUGCGCGAUUCGAUUUCGUUCGGUUGUUGUUGUGUGUGGGAGAAGAAAAAAUAUUUGCCACAGUGCCAUAAAUAAUAGGGAGAGUUACAGAAUUUUUAUUACAAUUCUUCUCCUUGAAGAAGGCGGAAGGAGUUUGUGGGAACGUCGGCGAAGAAAGCGAGCAAGCAAGUUAUGUGUCACAAAGAAAGUGCAUAUUGCCGAGUGAGAAUGUAAUCGCUAGGAAGAGCACAGGCAAAUUUUUCCCCGAGUCUGCUUCUAGUUGGGUGUGCAAGGAUUUCUGCAUCUUGCCCCGUAAAUGUAUCAUUAUUAUCAACAUUGUGGCACUUCGAUUUAUGUAUUAUAGUGGUGCUAGUCAAAGUUUUUCGCCCGGUUCUGUGCAGUUGUUGAUGGCCGAAGCAUCAUCAUCAUGCCCAACACUAACGAAAAUUCACAUUCCGGCUCGACCAGCGACGAUCUGGGCAGCACGGAUGAGGUGAAAGUGUUCAAGGAUGAAGGCGACCGCGAGGAUGAAAAGGCUUCGUCGGAAAAUCUGCUCGAAGAAAAGUUCAAUUUGAUUGAUUUGACAGAGAGUGCCGAAAAUCUUGUUAAAAACUCCCGCCAGAAUCUAAGCCCCCCGUACGCAGGGGGAGGUGGAAGCGGAGGGAGCAGUGCGGGAAAACUAAACUCUCCCGACCAUUCGCCUGGUUUCUCCAACAUGGGAUACCUGCCGCCUUAUCAGUAUUCUAGCGGGACAGCUAGUGCAAUACAGGGUACAAUGAGCAAGAUUGGUCUUUCGCAGUUUUUCUGCAACGAAGACCCGCUACCCAACCCACCUCCUGCUCAUUGUGGAAUCAUCCCCUACCAGCUCGACUCCAAAGCGAUCAGCCUCUCGGCGCGGCAGUCGCUUUACCCCUUCUCCACCAGUCAGUAUCCUUACCCUAUCCUUUCCUCCAACAUGCUCCCAGUUCCACCUUCCUGGCACACCCCCUCCAUGUACUCCACGGCGCCCAGCUUCCGGAACUCCUACCCAUCCUCGCUUCAAAUCUACACCACCUUAGCUAGUGAUCUGUACUCGCGCUAUCAAUCUUCUUCGCUGCUAAACGUGCAUCCGCACAACGUGCUAAGUCAGGUGAAGCAAGAACUGGGCGCCUCCCAAGAAACUUCACACAACUACAGUGUGCGCCAAUCUCAUGGACACGGUCCGAGCAGCAGUAAAUCGUCGCUCGAUCUGCCCCAAGAACUCACUAAUCGCUAUGGUCGGUCCAGCAGUAACGCUUCCGGCAGCUCCGGUUCCGGUGCCAAAAAGAAAUGCUCCUCCGCCUCUGGCAGCAGCUCCGGCAAUCCGCAAUCCCAGCAAAACAACCGAGUACAUAUCAAAAAGCCGUUGAAUGCAUUUAUGCUCUACAUGAAGGAGAUGAGAGCCAAAGUGGUCGCUGAAUGUACGCUCAAGGAGUCGGCCGCCAUUAACCAGAUCCUGGGCCGCAAAUGGCACUCGCUUUCACGGGAGGAACAAAGUGUCUACUACGACAAGGCGCGCCAGGAGCGGCAGCUCCACAUGGAGAUGUACCCCGGCUGGACGGCACGGGAUAACUAUGGUUACGGCGCCAAGAAGAAGCGGAAAGCGAAGAAGAAAGAUACACUCGUGUCGGAAUCGGCGAGCAGGCGGAAGAAAAUCUGUAUACGAAACGAAGAAUCGGACACCUUUGACGGAACCCGGAUGUCGGACGAGUACAUCGGCAGCUACGGGACGGUCGUGUAAUACCACCAGCAACAAGAACAACAGCACCAGCAGGAUGACUACUACUACUGGUGGCGCCAUUUGUUCGCCCACGCAGCAGCAGCAGCCUACGACGACAAGACUUAUUAGCAGCGGCAGCAAGAGUGCAUGUGUCUUUAGUUUCGACGCUGCCGGCGGAGGACACUCAGUCAUUACACAUAAAUUACGCUUGCUCUGGACGACGAUUACCACGCACUGUAAGUUUUUUUUCAUCUUCUGUUUUAAUUUCUUCUCCGAUGAUGUGUAUUCAUAAAACUGCGCGUAUACUAUUACCUACUACUUUUCUCGGUUUUAAUUAAGUAGAAGCUGAGAGAGGCGAGCUCACGUGGGCGGUCAGGCGUCUCAAAGUGUAGCGCGAUCCCUAGGUCGCAUGUCUAGGAUUAGGAACCGCAAAUCUCGAAUCGUUACUUUAAUUUUAGCUAAUUUGUAUGUUGCAGUAAAGAAUGUGUGGCGGCACACUUGAUAAAAAAAAAGUACUGACCAAAACCGGGAGGAGAAUGGAUAGAAAAAAGCCAUGAAAAUCGUGUACAAUCAACGGGAUUUUGCGGGGCGAUAUUGUUCCGCAACAAGCUUUGAUGGGGAAAUUUCUGUUGUAAGAAAUGAUGUUCCUUUUUAAGUCGGUUGAGUUACUUUUAAACAAUAUUCACAAUUCGAGUACUUAAUUGUGUCGUCGACCGAUUUCGUUUU